CCAUUAGUCCAAUACCAUCAAGAAGUAAGAUGUUAUCUAUUUCAAUUUUCUCUUAUCCCUCUUCUGCAACUGUCUGGACUGCAAAUAACAUCAAGAAAAACACCCUUUUGAGGCAGAAGCCAUAUCAAAAGAGUUCAACACAAAAACAGAAUUAUUUGUUUGUCCAAAUUCUUACACCACCACACUGAAACAUGGGAUGUUCAUUCCAGCCAUUGCCUGCUGCCUUCACCAACCAACCACUGCUCACUAAAAUUGCCAAGAAACCUUCAAUUUCCUCUGCCUUGAAUGCCAAACCGCCAAAAAAGGAUUUGUACUUCAACCAUGAUGGUUCUGCCACUCAAAAACUAUUGACAGGGGUGAAUAAGGUUGCAGAGCUUAUUGGAGUGACAAUGGGGCCUAAGGGGAGAAAUGUGGUGUUGCAGAACAAAUAUGGACCUCCCAAGAUUGUCAACGAUGGUGAAACUGUGCUUAAACAGAUUGAGCUGGAUGAUCCUCUAGAAAAUGUUGGAGUCAAACUGGUGAGGCAAGCUGGCGCUAGAACGAAUGAUCUUGCUGGAGAUGGUUGCACGACGUCCAUAGUUCUAGCACGAGGCCUCAUUGCAGAGGGUGUUAAGGUCGUUGCAGCCGGCUUGAAUCCGGUUCAGGUUUCGCGAGGGAUUGAGAAAACAGCAAGAGCCCUUGUUGCUGAACUCAAAUUGAUGUCUAAAGAGGUUGAGGACCAUGAACUUGCACACGUUGCUGCUGUGAGUGCUGGGAAUGACUAUGCUGUCGGAGACAUGAUUGCUGAUGCUCUUCGCCAAGUAGGAAGAGAGGGUGUUGUCACCAUUGAGAAAGGGAACUAUGCGGAGAGCAAGCUAGUGAUAGUCGAAGGGAUGCAAUUCGAUCGUGGCUACAUGUCUCCUUAUUUUGUCACUGAUCGACGGAAGAGGAUAGUAGAGUUUCAUGACUGCAAAUUGCUAUUAGUAGACAAGAAGAUCACACAUCCAAAGGAGCUGUUCAAGAUUCUUGACAAUGCAGUGAAGGAAAAGUACCCGAUUCUCAUUGUUGCUGAGGGGAUCGAGCAGGAAGCUCUGGCUCCGGUCAUCAGGAACAAGCUGAGAGGGGUGCUCAAGGCAGCAGCCAUCAAGGCUCCUGCCUUUGGCGAGCGCAAGAGCCACUGCUUGGAUGACCUUGCUGUCUUAACCGGAGGCACUGUGAUCAGAGACGAGAUGGGGUUCACGCUUGAAAAUGCACGCUUAAAUAUGCUGGGAUCCGCUUCAAAAGUCACUAUAACUAAGGAUUCAACCUUGAUUGUGACUGAUGGAGCCACUAAUGAAGCCAUGAAGGAAAGAGUAAGGCAGCUGCAGCGGCUCGUGGAGAACACUAGUGAAGAGUUUCAAAAGAAGAUUAUAAAGGAACGAAUAGCCCGAUUAUCAGGCAGCAUAGCACUGCUUCAGGUUGGGGCUCAAACAGUCGUCGAGUUGAAGGACAAACAGCUGAGAGUUGAAGAUGCUGUGAAUGCAACAAAGGCUGCGGUUGAGGAAGGCGUAGUCGUUGGUGGUGGCUGCUGCUUGUUAAGGCUCUCCACAAAGAUUGAUAAAAUCAGAGAGCAAUUAGACAAUGAAGAGCAAAAGAUUGGAGCUGACAUUUUCAAGAAAGCAUUGUCUUAUCCUGCAAGACAGAUUGCCAAAAACGCCGGUGUAAAUGGAAACACUGUCAUCUACAAGAUUCUAUCGUCGGAUGAUGUGAGAUUCGGGUAUAAUGCUGCAAGCAACACGUACGAAGAUCUCAUGGCUGCCGGCAUCCUAGACCCUUCAAAGGUUGUUAGGUGUUGCUUAGAGAAUGCUGCAUCAGUUGCGAAGACGUUCUUGAUAGCCGAUGCGGUGGUUGUUGAAAUCAAAGAGGCAUUUACGCCGAGAAUGAUGAGAAAACCAAAAGCAACGCCAACUUCAGGUGUUGGACCCUUUAGCCAGUUCAUGAACAGAGGAUGAGCCUAACACAAGAUUAAUCAAGAUUGUGAUGCUGAAGAACUUACCAUCCAAAUUCCUUUUUUUCACUACAAAAUUCUGUUUAUCAAACACUACAUAUAUUGCUCACCAUUAUUUUUGAUAUAUUUGUUUCUUUUUCCACCAUUUUCUUCUUGUGCUUUGUUUUUUUUUUGUUAAAUUCUGUCAUAACAAUAGUCAAUUUGCAUGAUGCAAAUUUGAAGGCCGAUAAGCCCACGCUACGUAAUACUUAUAUUAAUAUUUAUGAAUAUAUUUUAAAUGCAAAAUAUUCAAUUAUGUAUAUUAAUAUUAUCAUUACUUUGAUAGCAACAAUUCACAUUAAUUAACGUUUAAGUAUUCUAAUUAAAACUUAAUCAUCCUUACUAAUAUAUUAUCUCUGUCAUAUGGGAGUCUUAGUGAUAUAAUUCAUAUACAUUUUUCACUACUGGAAAUAUUAAAUCAUAAUUUUGAUUAGGGCUUACUAUACUAAUUGAGCGAAUUAAAUCCUAAAUAUGAUAAAAUUAUUUUAAAUCCCUCGAUUUAUUCAGCAAAGUCUACCCGAGUUGGGCCGAAAGACAACCCCCUAUAUAUAGUUAUUUAGCCCAAGCCUGUAUUUGGAGUGGGCCCAUUAAGAAUGAUGAAAUAAUCGUGUGCCACGCAGCCACAGCGGCAGCUGCUUGAGCGGCAAUAUGUGUCGAUUCUCAUCUCUCCCGAGACGCCAUCGAUAGUCGAUAGAUACACAUAUAAAUAUUGGUUGCAGAAACCCACGCAGAUGUGAAAGCAGAAGUCUCUCAGCUCAUAUCAGGGAUUUUCCGAUUUAAUAGAACAAUAAAAGAGGGAGGGAAAGAAAUGGCGAUGGUGCUGAUGGGAUUGAGCGUGCAAUUCGUCUUGGAUUUCGUGGUAGCGGGUAUUUCCCUGAUGAUCGGGAUGGGAUUAUUCGCUUUCAUCGCUUCAAUUCUAUGCUCUGCCGCUUUCUUUCAAAACGCCAAGGAGAUUAAUUGAGAUUGGAUGUGCUUCUGCUGAAAAGAGAUGAGCUUGCUGCAAUUGAAUAAGGCUGUAGGUUCUCAUCUUCUCCCUCCUCAUCAUCCGGUUUAGUUUCCAGUGAGCCUCAGAAUGGAAGAGUUUUUGUAUGUAAAUUAUCACUUGUAUAAAACUGGAUAUCGGCUUUAUGUUAUUACAAAAUCCACUUUACAUCAA